AAUCCACUGCUACUCUUAAUAUACUAUACUCUCUCUGUUUCCCGCCUCCAUAGCCAUAUGGCCUAAACCCUGCAACUAAAUUUCGAUGCUAGGGUUUCAAAUUUUCGCGUUGUUCAUCUCUCAAACAUAUCAAGCUUAAGGCUUUUUCAAAGUUGUAUUAAGGUUCUCUUGAAACAAAGGGGGCCCAGAUUGAAAAAAAUGGCUGCUUUUACUGCUACUUCACUCUGUCCGUGCAAGCUAUGGUAUCUACCAAGCCCUAGAAAGCGUCCUAUUACGUGCUCUAUCCCAUCUUCAACAACAAUAGGUACACAUGGAUCUAAAGUUCCCCGUAAAAAAUUUGGAAGAUUAGAAGGGGCUGGAAAAAGUAUGGAAGACUCUGUUAAGCGGAAGAUGGAACAGUUCUAUGAAGGAUCUGCUGGCCCACCUCUACGUAUUCUCCCGAUUGGUGGCCUUGGAGAAAUUGGGAUGAAUUGCAUGCUUGUCGGGAAUUAUGACCGUUAUAUUUUAAUUGACGCUGGUGUCAUGUUUCCAGACGAUGAAGAACUUGGGGUCCAGAAAAUUAUACCUGAUACCACGUUUAUCAAAAGAUGGAACCACAAAAUUGAAGCAGUUGUUAUAACUCAUGGACACGAGGAUCACAUUGGUGCGUUGCCUUGGGUAAUUCCAGCUUUGGAUUCCCGCACACCAAUAUUUGCAUCAUCCUUCACCAUGGAGCUUAUUAAGAAGCGUUUGAAGGAGUUUGGGAUGUUUGUUCCAUCUAGACUUAAAGUAUUUAAAACAAGGAGGAGAUUCACUGCUGGGCCAUUUGAGGUAGAGCCUAUCAGGGUCACCCAUUCGAUUCCCGAUUGUUGUGGAUUGGUUCUCCGAUGUGUGGAUGGUACAAUUCUUCAUACAGGGGACUGGAAGAUAGAUGAGUCACCAUUGGAUGGGCAAGUGUUUGAUCGUGAAGUUCUAGAAGAGCUGUCAAAAGAAGGAGUAACAUUAAUGAUGAGUGACUCAACAAAUGUACUCUCACCUGGAAGGACCCUUAGUGAGACUGUUGUAGCAGAUGCAUUGUUGAGGCACAUUUCAGCCAUCAAAGGAAGGGUUAUCACCACUCAAUUUGCGUCAAAUAUCCAUCGCCUUGGAAGCAUUAAAGCUGCAGCUGAUUUGACUGGCAGAAAGUUGGUCUUUGUUGGUAUGUCCUUGAGGACAUACCUUGAUGCUGCAUGGAAAGAUGGAAAGGCACCAAUUGAUCCAUCAACCCUGGUGAAAGUGGAAGAUAUUGAUGCUUAUGCGCCAAAAGAUCUGCUAAUUGUCACCACUGGCUCUCAAGCAGAACCACGUGCUGCAUUGAAUCUUGCAUCAUACGGAAGCAGUCAUUCACUCAAAUUAACUAAAGAAGAUGUUAUUUUAUAUUCUGCCAAGGUGAUCCCUGGUAAUGAGACUCGAGUGAUGAAAAUGUUAAACCGCCUAUCAGAGAUUGGAUCAUCAAUAAUAAUGGGUAAGAAUGAGCAGCUGCACGCAUCUGGUCAUGGCCAUCGUGGAGAACUGGAGGAGGUGCUGAAGAUUGUGAAGCCACAGCAUUUUUUACCGAUUCAUGGAGAACUGUUGUUCCUAAAAGAGCAUGAAUUGCUUGGAAAAUCAACUGGUAUUCAGCACACUGCUGUUAUAAAAAAUGGAGAGAUGCUUGGGGUUUCACAUUUGAGGAACAGAAGAGUGCUGUCUAAUGGUUUCAUAUCCUUGGGGAAAGAGAAUUUGCAGUUGAUGUAUAGUGAUGGUGACAAAGCAUUUGGUACAUCUAAUGAUCUUUGCAUUGAUGAGAGAUUGAGGAUUGCAUCAGAUGGUAUCAUAGUGAUCAGCAUGGAAAUUUUACGCCCUCGAAAUACUGCUGGUUUAGAGGAAAAAACGUUGAAAGGAAAAAUAAGAAUCACUACACGUUGCUUAUGGCUUGACAAAGGGAAGCUUUUAGAUGCUCUCAAUAAAGCUGCCCAUGCUGCACUAUCAAGCUGUCCUGUUAACUGCCCUCUAGCCCACAUGGAAAGAACUGUGUCUGAGGUUUUGAGGAAAAUGGUGAGAAAAUACAGUAGCAAAAGGCCUGAAGUCAUUGCGAUUGCCAUAGAAAACCCAGCUGGAGUUCUCACUGACGAGCUUAAUCGUAAGCUAUCUGGCAAGUCACAUGUUGAUAAUGGGAUAUCAGCAUUGAGAACAGUGGUGGAUGGACAUCCCAAAAAGAGGCGGUCAAAGGGGACAAUAGAAGAGGAAGCAGGCACCAGCCAUACACAUCCAGUAGACACCACGCCACGAGAGUCAGAAGGUCAUGGCAUUAAAGUUGAGAGACUUUUAUCCGAGGGAGACACUGCUUCAAGUUCUGACUCAGUAGAGGAAUUUUCUCCCACCCCAAAGGAGUCGGAUGAUUUCUGGAAAUCAUUCGUAGGAAUGUCUGUAGAUCAAUUGGAAAAAGACAACAAUGGUUCUGUUCCGCAGGAGGAACGCAUGGAGGAGGCCAAGAAAGAAAGCUCAUUGGUAGGAAUGUCUGUGGAUCAAUUGGAAAAAGACAACAAUGGUUCUGUUCUGCAGGAGGAACACAUGGAGAAGGCCAAGAAAGAAAGCAGUGAAAGUGACCCAGACAUGCCAAAAUCUCGAUUAAAAUCUUCCAAAUCUAUGAAACAAAACAAAUGGAAACCUGACGAGGUUAAGAAGUUGAUUAAAAAGCGUGGGGAACUCCAUAGCAGAUUCCAAGUCGUGAAGGGGCGAAUGGCCCUUUGGGAAGAGAUAUCUGCAAACCUCUUAGCUGAUGGGGUUAACCGAAGUCCAGGGCAAUGCAAAUCUCUAUGGACGUCUCUGGUUCAGAAAUAUGAGGGAAAUAAGAAUGAUAAGGAAAGCAGGAGUAGUUGGCCUUAUUUCGAGGAUAUGAAUAUGAUUUUAUCUGAUUCGGAGGCAAUGGCAGCAAAAUGAGUGGAAGAAUGGCGGAAACAACUCAUCUUCCAGGAGGCAACGGGAACUACAUGAUUGGAAAAGUGGCAGAACCAGCUUGCCAUUCUCGAAUUUUUUUUCAAGAAGGUCAAUAAAAUCCAUUCACGUUGUCUGGAUAACAAUGGCCAACACAAUGACAAGGAAAUUUCAUCAGCAACAUUAAUCUUGUAUCCUUCUGUAAAAUCUCUCUUGAUACGAAAGGAUGACAUAUAGACAGAGUUAGCCUUGUAGCCUGUCUUAAGAGUAAAUUGUUGAUUGAGAUGGUUUUGUGACAAUUGUGUACAAGUUGAUGCCAAGGACAAACUUUGUACAAGGAAACGUAGGUCUGUUCAAUGCAUUGUGAUUGCUAUAUCCCAAAUUUCCUUAUGGGUGUUUAUUAAUCCAUGCCACUUCUACAAAG